UAUUAUUAUUGUCGUCAUCGCCGCCGCCACCGCCGCAUCGUUGUAGUAGCCGUCGAACAGUACCAGCGGACGUUCGUGGUCCGUUCGAUCGUGUUCGCGUCGAGUGAAUCUGUUUUGGCGGUCCGAUCAUCGCUUUCGUCCGUCUGGUAAAAGACGAAAUCCGUGUCCGUGUCGUCUCGGCACAGCAGCCAGCACUCGGGUGCACAUUAACGAACCGACUUGACCGACCGCCGCGUCGCGAACUCUAUAGGUAUACCACUUUGUACCUACGCAACGAUAAUAAUAAUAAUAAUUUUAAUAUUACAUAACGUUGUCCACUCUCACUCGUCCGAUGUGACAUCGCAAUAUGGGACCGGCUGGACGGAGGAAAAAAAAUCAUAACAAUAACAAUAAUAUUACAUCGUACACCGCUGCCGAAACGUUGCGCACGCGAGACCUUGACCUUGAGACUUCGGUUCAGUAGACCAGUGCCGCCCGCCACCGCCGCCGUCCGGUGUGCGUGCGUAGAGGUAGUUUUGUGCUUCUACGUUCUUGUUUUACUGCACGGCGCCCGGUGUACCAUCGGAAGAAGAGAAAAAGGAAUAACAUUUAAUAAAUAAAUCAUGGAGGUAAACGCAAAUUUUGCAGUACCUCAAGAGCAAAUUAAUUUCAAACCUGCUUAUGAAAACAUCAAUGGACAUUUUAAUGGAACCCCUGCAGCACCUGUUGUGGCCCCAGUGCCAGUUGGUGUACCUGGAGCAAUGGGCGUUCUUCAACCUCAGGCUCCUGCAUUGCAACCACAACUAGUUGAUGUACCAGUAUUCAAUUGUCCACGUCGCCCAAAUUUGGGACGAGAAGGUCGACCAAUUGUGCUCCGUGCCAAUCAUUUCCAAAUUUCAAUGCCCCGAGGAUAUGUUCAUCAUUAUGAUAUUAAUAUUCAACCGGAUAAAUGUCCAAGAAAAGUUAAUCGUGAAAUUAUUGAAACUAUGGUCCAUGCGUACAGUAAGCUGUUUGGUAAUCUUCGACCUGUAUUUGACGGUCGAAAUAACCUAUACACGAGAGAUCCAUUGCCUAUUGGAAAUGAUCGAAUGGAAUUAGAAGUUACAUUGCCUGGUGAAGGUAAAGAUAGAGUGUUCCGUGUUAAUAUUAAAUGGUUAGCUCAAGUAUCAUUAUUUGCUUUGGAAGAAGCAUUAGAAGGCCGCACAAGACAGAUACCGUACGAUGCUAUUUUGGCUUUGGAUGUAGUCAUGAGACAUCUUCCAUCAAUGACUUACACACCAGUGGGUCGAUCAUUUUUUUCUUCCCCUGAAGGAUAUUAUCAUCCAUUAGGCGGUGGUAGAGAAGUUUGGUUUGGUUUUCACCAGUCUGUUCGUCCAUCUCAAUGGAAAAUGAUGCUUAAUAUUGAUGUGUCAGCAACAGCUUUUUACAAAGCACAACCAGUGAUAGAAUUUAUGUGUGAAGUGUUAGAUAUUAGGGAUAUUGGUGAACAAAGAAAACCAUUAACAGAUUCUCAAAGAGUUAAAUUUACUAAGGAAAUUAAAGGUCUUAAAAUAGAGAUUACACAUUGUGGAGCAAUGCGAAGAAAAUAUAGAGUUUGUAAUGUUACAAGAAGACCAGCUCAAAUGCAAUCUUUUCCAUUGCAAUUGGAAAAUGGUCAGACAGUAGAAUGCACAGUUGCUAAAUAUUUCUUGGACAAAUACAAGAUGAAACUACGUUAUCCGCAUUUACCAUGUCUUCAAGUUGGACAGGAACAUAAACAUACAUAUCUUCCUUUGGAGGUUUGUAACAUAGUUGCGGGUCAACGCUGUAUCAAAAAAUUAACUGACAUGCAAACAUCAACCAUGAUUAAAGCAACUGCGCGCAGUGCUCCUGAUCGUGAACGAGAAAUUAAUUCUUUGGUUCGCCGAGCUGACUUUAAUAAUGAUUCAUAUGUACAAGAAUUUGGUCUUACCAUAUCAAAUAGCAUGAUGGAAGUGCGUGGUCGUGUUUUACCACCCCCAAAAUUACAAUAUGGUGGACGAACUCUACCUAAUCAGGGUGGAUUAAAUGUCCAACAAACUAAACAACAAGCAUUGCCCAAUCAAGGAGUUUGGGAUAUGAGAGGCAAACAGUUCUUUACCGGUGUUGAAAUUCGUAAUUGGGCAAUAGCUUGUUUUGCACCACAGAGAACUGUUCGCGAGGAUGCGUUAAGGAAUUUUACUACACAACUCCAAAAGAUAAGCAGUGAUGCUGGCAUGCCAAUAGUUGGUCAACCGUGUUUUUGUAAAUAUGCCACUGGGCCUGAUCAAGUAGAACCUAUGUUUCGUUAUUUAAAAUCAACUUUCACUGGAUUACAACUCGUAGUUGUUGUUUUACCAGGAAAAACUCCAGUAUAUGCUGAGGUCAAAAGAGUUGGAGACACUGUUCUAGGAAUGGCUACACAAUGUGUUCAAGCAAAAAAUGUUAAUAAAACUUCACCUCAAACAUUAUCUAAUUUAUGUUUGAAGAUUAAUGUGAAAUUAGGUGGUAUCAAUAGCAUUCUUGUACCAAGCAUCAGACCUAAAGUAUUCAACGAACCAGUGAUAUUUUUGGGUGCAGAUGUAACUCACCCACCAGCAGGUGAUAAUAAAAAACCAUCCAUUGCAGCAGUAGUUGGAUCUAUGGAUGCUCAUCCCAGUCGUUAUGCUGCUACUGUACGUGUCCAGCAACACAGACAAGAAAUCAUUCAAGAACUUAGUUCUAUGGUCAGAGAACUUCUAAUUAUGUUUUACAAGAGUACUGGUGGUUAUAAGCCUCAUCGAAUUAUAUUGUAUCGUGAUGGAGUAUCAGAAGGACAAUUUCCUCAUGUUUUACAACAUGAACUUACAGCUAUUCGAGAGGCAUGUAUAAAGUUGGAAGGUGAUUACAAACCAGGAAUCACUUUUAUUAUUGUUCAAAAACGUCAUCAUACUAGAUUGUUCUGUGCCGACAAAAAGGAACAAUCUGGAAAAUCUGGAAAUAUUCCAGCAGGUACAACAGUUGAUGUUGGAAUAACACAUCCUACAGAAUUUGAUUUUUACUUAUGUAGUCAUCAGGGAAUUCAGGGAACAAGUCGGCCAAGUCAUUAUCAUGUUCUAUGGGAUGACAACCAUUUUGAAUCAGAUGAAUUACAAUGCUUAACGUAUCAAUUGUGUCACACUUAUGUGAGAUGUACACGUUCUGUAUCUAUACCUGCACCUGCCUAUUAUGCUCACUUAGUUGCAUUUAGAGCUAGAUAUCACUUAGUCGAAAAAGAACAUGACAGUGGUGAAGGAUCACAUCAAUCUGGCUGUAGUGAAGAUCGAACACCAGGCGCAAUGGCACGAGCUAUUACAGUACAUGCCGAUACCAAAAAAGUUAUGUACUUUGCUUAAAAUACCAAAAUUGAAAAAAAAAAUGAUUAUCGCGCAACAUUAAUUAAUAUUAGGCAUAAAUUAUAGUACGAUCUACCUUGCCAAUCAUUGCCUUUAAAUGUAACUUUAGACCAAAAUAUUAUUAUUUUUUCGACUUCUGAUGAUUAAUUUUAAGAGUAUUCAUUGUCUUAUUAUUUUUUUUUUUUACAUUUUGAAUUCCCAUAUAGUUUUUAGACAUUUUCCAAAUUUCAAUUUUGUUGUUGCUAGUAUUUGUUUUGUUACCUAUUUUCUUUUAUUUUUUUUUUAAUUUCUAAUCAAAAUUAGACAUCACUUGAAUGCUUCCAGUAUCUUAGUAAUGCAAAAAUUCUAGUCUAACUGAUUUAUCGAAGGAAAUGUUUUUGAAUAGCAACAGCAGUAAUGAAAAAUGCAUUCCUCUUUUAAAAUAUAUAAUUAUUGUAUAAUAAAUAUAUCAUAUUAUUGUUAA